AAUGCUGACGUUGUAUAAACGCCUAACCACUGACCUUGACAUUGUACUGGAAUAAAAUGUAGCGUCUUUGCGUUGCGUUUGCCGAACAGAUCGCAUACUCAUUGCAUUUCAUAGAUAGACAAGAGCUUUACAGUAUACAAUACAGAAGUACAUGUGAGAAUAGUUGUUGUUUUAUAUCUGAAGAUAUUUUCUCUUUUCACCUCUCUGAGCAGUGAUAGCAAAAUGUUUCAUAUAUAAUGAGAAGCUUGAUUUUGUUAUUAAAAAAAAUUGAAAUAAGUGUUCAAAAGACAUUACCAUUUCAGAAUAAAUUGUCAUUUUUAAGCAUAUACAUUUUUUAUUAAUAUUGAUUUAUAAUUUAUUUUACAGGAAUUUUUGAACCUAAGACAUUUAUGAACGAAAAGUAUAUUUUAAACCGUAAUGCUUUUUUAUCAGUAUAUAUAUAUAUAUAUAUAUAUAAAUAUAUAAUUCCGAAAGCAAAGAUUUUCUAUUUUCUAUAUUAAUUUAUAAUUCUUAUUUUUUAUAUGCUUUUAAAAUGUUGUCUUACAGCUAUAAAUUUAUUAAAGAGUGCGUUAAGUAAAAUUGAUAAAAAAUAUAAGGUUCAACACUAACGUUAGAAAAAACGGCCUAGAAGCGGAAGUUUUAAAUUCUUGAAAUACUUCUGGAGGGUUGAGCUCUGCACUUAAUGAUAUAUGGAUUGUUCCUAUGAGUGUGAAGUAAAAAUUGAUAGAUUUGUUAUCUGCCUUUUUAUCUGCCGUACAUUUCACUUAAACAUUUUGAGAAGUGCAUCCAUUAGUUGUCAUUCAAAAAAUGUCUGUGUUCAUCUUAUAGCUUUGACAUAAAGCCAUGGACAGGCUCAUACGUAAACUUGACAUUAUUUCUUGGGCGAAUCCAUACCAAGCUAAACGAGAUCUGUACCAAUAUUUAAUGGAUUAUGAAAACAAUGAGGAUGACUGGAGGGGUUUUUACCACUUGAACGAAAAUGAAGGGUAAAUUUAAUAAAAUAACAUACUUUUUAAACUUUAUAUUCCAUUUCUGAUGUUUUAAAUACUAAAUAUCAUUUAAAAAAGUAAUCGAAAUUUUUGACUUAAAAUAAAACAAUAAUUAGAACUUUAUAUAAAUUAUUUAAGUAAGUAGCGUCAUGUCAAACUACGUAAAACAACGAAAUUAUUUAUUUUUCUUCAAAUAAUGAAUUACUCCCGCUAUGUAUUUAAAUGUGCUUCUUAUUCAACUGCGAUGUUAACUUUGCUUUUCAUUAUAUUAUGUUAUUUAUUUUUUUAUAUUUUUUCCAUCGUUAGAUACAGCCGAAAUGAAAUUAGAACAAAACCUGGGCAAUAUAACGUAGCUCUGAUGUGUUGGAGACCUAAUCAGGGCAAUAAGAUCCACGAUCAUUGUGAAUCUUUCGGGUUAUUUAAGGUAAUUUCAAUCGAAACACAGAUCAAAUAAACACAUCAGUUGCUUAAAUUGUCAUUUCUAUACAAUAAAUUAUUUGAUGUAUCCUUCUUUAAUUUUAAGUAAGACUCAGAGAACUGCCAGAAACCCAAAAAAAAAAAGGGGGGGGGGGGGGGGGAGGGAAGCUGGGAUAAAUGGAUUUCAUUGCAGUAUUUUGAGUGUUUUUUUUGUUUGAUAAUUUAUGCUCGUUGAAUGUCUGGACGUAUACAUAGUUGUAAUGUAGCAUUCGUACUUCUUGGGUGUAACGCUUUCAUUUCUGUUGAUGACCAGGUCCUAAGGGGUUGUUUAGAAGAGGAGCACCACAUUUGUAGAGAAGAUGGAGACGCAGUGGUCCAUCAUGCCGAUAUACUUAUUGAAGAAAACCAUGUCAACAGUCUGGAGAGUAAGUCAAGUCCGUUUAGUAAUGAAAUCCAUGUAGCGUUUUGAGACAGUCAUGACACAGGUGGCUCUUGCUUUGUCUUAGAUAUCGGAAACUUCCUUUUUCCACGACGCAUGAUAAAUGUGGUUGUUUGAAAUGUAUAAAUAUUAAUUUUUUUUUAACUUUAAAAUAAUGAUGCACAGUAAAUAAAAUGAUAUUUUUAGUCAAUUAUUUUUUUUUACAUAAUGAAAUGUUUGCCCAGGCGUCAUGUGGAUAUUUGUUCUCUAUAUACAUUCUUUGCAGAUUUAUAAGAUUUUCUUUUUAACUUAAUAAAAAAGUAAAUGAUAUUAUUACAUGAAUUAGUAUGCACAAAAAAUUACUUCAUAAUAUUUUUCUCAUUAAAGUUGUGUUUGAAAAAUGGUUUAAAAUAUCACAGUUAAAUUAGACUUUGUGUCGGCGAUAAAACUUGCAGCUUUGGAAACUUGUUAUUAGAAGGAAACAACGUCUUUAAAAGAUGCUUGUUUUAUGAUACACAAAAGCUGUGUCUUGUCAAAGGGAAUUGCCCGGUCACUGAAACAAUCGACUCGUUCCACAGCUAAACACACGACUAAUAUACCAAGGUGUUGCAAGCCAUUUGUUAGAAUUUCAGAACAUAAUAAUAGCAAUGAUAUUUAUAUAUUAUUUUAAACGAAACUUGAUUGACAAUUUAAAUCAUCUCCGAUCAAUCAUGACUAAUCCAAGUAAUACUUAGAUGUAGGAUUUGCAACUUUUGGUCCAGAGACUAGACUGUGAAUUGAGUAUAUUUCUCAAGUUCCGUUGUAAUGUUGUUGCAUUCACAAAAAAACGUUUUUUCUUAGAGAGGACCCGUAGACUUCCCAUUACUUACCAAGUGUUGCAUCAAACUUAUGUUUCAAAUUUGUUUUUCAAUCUUAGGAUACAUAAAUUUAAAUAUGAACAAUAUUCUAAUAGUACAUAUGUUACAUGAAAUUCGGAUCGGGCUUGUUGAAUUUUGAGAUGGUUAAUUUUUUAUUUUUUUUUAAAUAUGGGUUAUGGUUAUAAUGCCAGAAGGAUAAUGAUAAUUGGUCUGCCUUUAGAAUACAGUUGUGAUCAAUAAUUGUUAAUUGAUUGUAAAUGAUUUUAAGUCAUUAUCUGCAAACGUGACGGUUAGUGUGCCGUCUGUCCAAUGCUUGUGGGAUUGUUUCCUUAACGCUCAAAUAUAUUUCUUCUCCUAUAUAUUCUUAAGGAAGACCAAUUGUGUUAACAUUAUUUUUUUUUCACAAUCGUACUAAUCCGGAUUAGCAAAGUGUACCCAUACAAAUGUACCCAAGUCCUACUUUUAAAUAAGCCUUGGGAAAACAUUUCUUCCAUUGAAACACAAGACCAGCUUUUUUCGCUUUUUGCAAUACCGAAGAAGUAAAAAAUAUAUUCUCUGAUACGAUUGAAAAUGGACAUAACGAGCAAGGCAUGAGUGUUUAAACUAUGUGUUCCGUUUGCUUCAUUUGUAUAGCACUAAGCUCAAAACAUCAGCAAAACGUUAAAGAACCUCCCCUGUGUAAUACAUUGUCUAUCCUGAUGUAACAUUAUAUUGGUUCUAAAUGAUUGAUAAGUCUUCAAAUAUCCGAAAACGAUGCGUGAUAUGAAAAAAUGUUAAAUUCUGAAACUAAACAAAAAUGAAAUUGUUUCUUUUAAAAAAAAUAUUUACCCGUGUACUGUUCAUUUCUAUCAAGGUUUCACAGGCUUCCACCGCUUGAAGAAUCACAGCGACGAUGAUGUGGCUGUCUCACUGCAUGUGUAUGCGUAAGAUACAUUUUGUUAAUAAAUCAACUAUGAACCAUUUCAAAGGUGAUGAUAAGCAAUAAUUUAUUCAUCAAAACGUCAUAACAGACUUUUAAAGAAAAUUAGGUGCCUUGUGUGUAUUUGUGUAAACAUAUUUUUUUUUUAAAUAACAUCUUUGGACAAGUAACUUUAACAUUUUUUUCUUAAUCAACACAUUUUAGACCACCUUUGGAAAAGUGUACUUUUAUUGACGAAGAGGGCAAAAGAUGUGUUGUUUCUAUGAGAUUUGCAACCAAAUCUGUUCAGGAGGUAAAUAUUCGUGUGGACCUAUUGGCCAGUAUUAUUGAUGCGAGCCGCAUUAUUCUGUGUACAUUGAAUUUUAUCCAGGAGCGUACCUGGGAGAACCACCAUGAGAGCAUGGCAUGUAUUCCAUACGUGAUAAAACAAAUGCAGACAUCAGCCUCUUUGAUGCAUCUAACGUUAAGGAAGAUCUGAUAUGAGUAAUCCUGCGCAGCUCUAGAAACAUCGCCUUGCAAAGCAUGUUAAUGUGAUUUUCCAUAUUUAGUGUUCUGUCUAAAUAGACAUCCAGGUCUCGCACUGUUUGAGCAAACUCAAUCUGUAUACCUGAAUGAGUAAGUGAUGUUGAGUUUUUUACAGAUUUUUGUUUCUGAGCAGUGGCAAUCGGGAUCAGCUCAGUCUUUUCAUCAUUCAAUUUGAGCUUGAUUAUGGUCAUCCAGUGCUUAACUGACUCCACUGUCUUCUGUGUCGAAGUAAGAAGUUGAGGUAACUGAGAGGGGGUCACGGAUUGAUGAAGUUGUGUAUCGUCCGCGAACAUGUGAUACAGCAUGUCAAAUUGCUUGAUCACUGCACAAAGUGGCUGAACGUACAAAGUGAAAAGCAACGGGCCUGGGACCGAGCCCUGUGGUAUUCUGAAUUCAAUUAUAGAUUGCUUCAAGGUCAAGCCGUUUGAAAUAACUGACUGAACCCGAUUGGUCAUAUACGAGUGAAACCAUCUCAGGACGGUAUCUGUAAGACCGAACGUUUUUUGCAGACGCUGGAGCAGUAUGCCAUGGUCAAGCGUAUCGAAAGCUGCCGAUAAAUCGAGUAAAGACAAAAUGGAUACCUGGCCCUCAUCACAAUUCGACAUAAGGUCCUUUAUGACGCGCAACAGGGCUGUCUCAGUAGAGUGAUGCGCCCUGUAUGCUGACUGGAAAGGUUCAAAAAGUUACAUUGAAUGAGGUGAUCCAGGAGUUGACGCAGAACGACUUUUUCUAAGAUUUUGGAGACAAAUGGUAGAUUUGAGAUGGGGCAAUAAUUUUCCAUCACAUUUGGGUCAAGAUUUUCUGUCUUUAACAGUGGCGUUACUAUUGAUUUUUAAAAGAUGAUGGAACAAUACCAGUUGACAAGGACUUAAUUAUGUUUCAAGUGAUGAUGGGGACUAUUUCAUCCAGACAUUCAUUCAACAGCCCUACUGGAAGAUGGUCGAGUGAGCACGACUUUCUUUGGGUAUUAGCCACGAUUUUCCUCACAUUCGAUUCACUGAUCCCAACAAAUUCACCCAUAGGAGAGCCGUUGAAGAGUGAGAAUUCUGGACCAGUAUCGAUGCCACUGUCAAGUUUCGUCCUGAUCUUCUUAGCUUUUGUAAUAAAGUAGUCAUAUAGUGCGUCUGGCAGCUCUUCAACAGCAAUGUAGUUUGGCAGAGAUGUAGACUUGUUUUUAUGGUUGUGAUCGGGAUCCAACCAGGAUAUGUACUCCCCCCUAGGAUCGUAGCCACAAGAAAACGGGAUCCCACAGGGAACGGGAUCACACCGGGAUAAGAGAUUGCACCGGGAUCGUGGUGAGAAUGGGAUUGGGGUCCCAUUGGGAUUUGGGUCUUACCAAAAUCGGGGUCCUAAUGCAACCCCAUGCAACGCCGGGUAUAUUGGCUAGUAUAUAUAAACUACUAUCUUAGUGACAACGUUGAUUUGAAAACAAUAUAUAUAUAUAUAUAUAUAUAUAUAUAUAUAUAUAUAUAUAUAUAUAUAUAUUAAAAAAAAAAUAAAAAAGUAUAUAUUAUAGUAUAUAUAUAAAAAUAUAUUUGUGAGAAAAUUUUUUUAUAAAAAAUAUAUAUAUAUAUAUAUAUAUAUAUAUAUAUAUAUAUAUAUAUAUAUAUUACAAGAAAAAUAACAAAGUGCUUUGUAAAUAAAUGUUAUAACCUUACAUUUUAAUUUGCCAAUAUAACCUUUGCAGCAAGAGUGAUGUCUUCAUAGGGAUAGACAUGGCCGUCUAAAAACAAGGUAACAUAAAAAAUAAAAAAAAUAUUUUUUUUUCGAUAAUAAUAACUUUCAUUAAGAUAAAGAUAGUUUUAUUGAUACAAAGAAGUUACUAUUUUGUGCAUGUUCCUUUUCGUAGGCAUUUUUAAUGAAAUAUAAAUAUAUGCUCCUUUUUUUUUACAGAAUUAAAAAAACAACAACAUCCAGCUUGUGUAGUCAUAUUUCUCUAAAUGCUAACUACAACAAAAAAACAUGUAUAUGUGUUCAGACCAGACACGUGAAUUAUGCUUGUAAAAGUAGACAUAUUUGGGCCAUAAUGAUUGUUUAUCUUCAUAUCCUUACUUUUGGGGAGAUGAAGACGUUAUGAUUUGAAUGUAUCUUCUGUAAGUUUUUGGUUUGAAAUGUUGCAUUAGAAUGCCAUUUUAGCUUUGCUUUGAUGUUGACAUGCAGAUAGUUAUAAUUGUAGUUUAUUGCUGUUUAUCGGCACAUUUUAUAAGCACGCUAUGUAGGCCUAACCAUUUUGUUGAAUUUCGUACUUAAAUGACAAUAUUUAAAUUAGAUAACGUACCCUUUCACAGCACGGAUAUGCAGCUUGUAUUUAUAGACACAUGCUUUAAAUGACAGAGCAGUGUAAGGACACUUUUUAAUGAGGGAUACAUUGUAGGAUGCGAAUGUAGGAGAAACAUAAAUGUUUAGAUCGUUUUGAAUAAAAAGAAAGCAUACAACUUCCAAAGACUUUACAGCUCAUCGGUAGGAACAAUGUAGUUGUUCGACAAUGUCGAGAUCUAUUUAACCCUGUUCUCAAAAUGGGAAUAAUUUCUUCUUUUUUUUUAAAUAUUAAAAGUAGAUAAAUUACAUAUCAUGAACCUUGUUAUCCCUUUCUUUCUUUUGUUCUAGAUUGAACUUAGAGAAUCUGAUCAUCAAAAAAAAAAAAAUUUUUAAAGCAAUUUUAUUUCAGAUUUCCAUUCACUAUAACAUUUUAUUUCUAGCAAUCUGCAUUUACUUGAAAUGUUCAGCUUGCCAUAAAAUCAUCAGUACAUCAAAAAUCAUGCAACCCCCUAUCACAACCUCCCCUCCCUGCCAACAAUAUAUUAAAAUAAAAUAAAAGAAAUGUUAAUAAACAGAAAAAAAAUCAUGAACUUUGUUUCGUUUAAACCGCUCACUUUAGUUAGCCGGAUAACCUUGGGAAUAGAACUCAGACGUCACUGCUUAGUGUCCGUGUAAAGAACGCAUGCCUAACGACUAAUGGAAGAAAUAUGAACAUCAGUGUCUUAACAAAACACUUCAUUAGUAAUUAUGAGUGUGUGUGCAUCGGUUGUAUUAAAAGGCGAUUGUGACAACUUUGACGAACCAGUAUUAUGAUUAUUUUAAAAAAAAAAAUUAUUGUGAACAUUUUAACACAUUUGUGUAACAUUUUGGCAUUAGGAACAAUAGUGAUAAACCUAUUAAUAUCUCAUAGAUUCAUUACACUGCAUUCAAAAGUUCUGUUACUUGAUCCCUUUUUGUUACAUUUCCUUAUGAUUUCUAUUAGUAACAUUUUUUUUUAGAAUUUGACUUUGUUCAUUUUUCAAAUAUUUUUUGAGUUUGUGUUUGUGCUUCACUAGUAUUUUUUUCUACUCAUUUCCUAAUAAGUUUCUUGUGAGCUUCAAUCGUGAAUGUGUAAUUUGAUUUAGUUUCAUAUUAUUAUUAGAGUGAAUAAAAAAAUAAUUUUUC